AUGGGGAGAUAUAUUAGCGCCAUUGAAAGAAAUCUAGAAGACCCUGAUGCAUAUUAUAACUGGGCCCUAGUUCUCCAGGAAAGUGCUGACAACGUCGAUCCUAAUUCUGAUUCUUCAAAAGAUUCAUUACUUGAGGAGGCUUGCAAGAAGUAUGCUGAAGCUACUCGACUUUGCCCAACACUGUAUGAUGCAUAUUACAACUGGGCUAUUGCUAUAGCUGAUCGGGCCAAAAUGCGUGGGCGUACCAAAGAGGCUGAAGAACUCUGGCAGCAGGCUAUAAGGAACUACGACAAGGCAGUCCAAUUAAGUUGGAACAGCCCCCAGGCUCUCAACAACUGGGGCCUUGGACUACAGGAAUUGAGUGCGAUUGUUCCUGCUAAAGACAAGCAAACAAUCAUAAAAACAGCUAUAAGUAAGUUUCGUUCUGCCAUCCAGUUGCAGUUUGACUUCCACCGGGCUAUUUAUAACCUUGGAACUGUCCUGGAUACCUCGAGGUCUGGGGGUCCUGAUACCUCUCCAAAUGAUCUGUAUAGUCAGUCUGCUAUUUACGUUGCAGCUGCUCAUGCAUUGAAGCCAAAUGUUUAUCGCAGUGCUCUACGGUUAGUCCGGUCAAUGCUGCCUUUGCCAUAUUUGAAAGUGGGAUAUUUGACUGCUCCUCCGGCAGACGACCCCAUUGCACCACACAAACAUUGGGAGAGGUCACAGUUCAUCUUAAACCAUACGGAACUCCAGCAGGUCAAUGAUUCCGAAAGCGCACCUGUCAAAGCAAACGCGCUCGUGGAGAAAGCCAAAAGGUUUAUCAAGGUAGACGUCGCGGACAUAGUUUCAGUGUCCACGUGCUCCGAUCUCACGCUGCCGCCUGGUGCUGGCCUCUGUAUAAACACAACUCAUGGGCCCGUGUUCUUGGUUGCUGAUACCUGGGAGUCUCUCGAUGGCUGGCUUGAUGCGAUACGUCUGGUGUACACCAUAUUUGCAAGAGGGAAGACCGAUGUCCUGGCGGGCAUCAUCACCGGCUGAUCAAUGAUGUCUUGCUGUAUGUGUGACUAGCUGUGUCUGGACAGUGCGACAUGUAUAUCAAUAUGUAUUCUGUGUCAAUUCAAA